AUGCCGAUUCUUGAAGAGUACACCUACGUUUUUGCCAUUGGCACGUUCUUUGCCCUGCUCGAGGCAUAUAAUAACGGUGCCAAUGAUGUUGCCAAUGCCUGGGCCACGAGCGUGUCAUCGCGUUCCGUCACCUACCGCCAGGCUAUGCUUCUGUGUCUAAUUUUCGAAAUGACCGGCGCCCUCGCUGUCGGAGCCAGGACCGCCUCCACCAUCAAAAACGGUAUUAUCCCAAUUUCUGCCUUCGAAAACAACGCCGGUGUUCAGCUCCUCGCCUUUACUUGCGCGUCUGCUGGUGCAGCCACCUGGGUUAUGUGGUGUACACGACACAACGCUCACGUCUCUUCCACGUACUCCCUCGUCUCCUCGAUUGCAGGUGUCGGCGUUGCGACUGUGGGUGCAAGCGGUGUACAGUGGGGCUGGAACAAAGGCCAAGGUCUGGGUGCCAUCUUCUCUGGAUUGGCGAUGGCUCCUCUCAUUGCAGGCGGUUUCGGUGCCUGCAUCUUCAUGCUGAUUAAGCUGGUUGUCCAUCUCCGCUCCAAUCCCGUUCCAUGGGCUGUCUGGACAUCGCCCUUCUUCUUCCUGAUCGCUGGUACAAUCUGCACUCUCUCGAUUGUCUACAAGGGAUCUCCAAAACUUGGCUUGAGCAACAAGCCAGCCUGGUACAUUGUCGCCGUCUCCCUCGGUACCGGUUUUGGUCUGUUCUUCCUGGCCGCUAUUUUCUUCGUUCCCUACGUUCACGGCAAGGUCGUCAAGAAGGAUUACACCCUCAAGUUGUACCAUAUUUUCCUCGGACCCCUCCUGCUCAAGCGCCCCGCCCCCGCGGAUGCCGAGUUCGCUAAGGUCCCCAACUAUGCCGUUAUCCACCACGCUGGUGCGGAUGAUGACGAUUCUGCAUCUGACAAUAGCGUUACCAAAAUUCAGGACGAUGUGGAGGCAGAGAAGAAUGGUCCCAAGGGCGACGCCAUCACUCCUGCCGCCCACCUAGUAUCGGGUCCAGCCAAGACUCUUGCUGAGGAGGAGAACGCCGUUCCUGUCAACGCCCAAGCAGUUUACAAGGCACAACUCCGCCGGGCUCUCGAGCGCCAUCAUUCUGAUCUUCGAAAGACUCGUGGUCCUAUUGGCUGGGCCAUGCGCACCCUGCACAACAACCCUCCCGGAGCCGGCUCCGUCUACGAACGACACAACGUGAUCGCUCUCCUCAAACGCCUGCCCGCCUACCCCGUUGUUGCCGCCUUCUACGGUCUCUACUACGAUAUCCACAAGUCUCAAGUCGGCGUUAUGGGUACUCCAGAAGGUCGCCGUAUGGACCGUGUUUAUGCACAUGCCACCAAGUAUCCUAACGAGGUCGAAUAUUUGUACUCCUUCGUCCAGAUCAUCACCGCCUGCACUGCUUCCUUCGCUCACGGUGCCAACGACGUUGGCAACGCUGUUGGUGUCUGGGCCGCCAUGUAUGCUGCUUGGUCUACAUCCACCGCCACCGCCGCUAAGGCUGAUGUUCCUCUCUGGCAAAUUGCAGUCACUGCCUUGACUAUUUGCAUUGGUUUCAUCACCUAUGGUUAUAACAUCAUGAAGGUCAUGGGCAACAAGAUCACCUAUCACUCUCCUUCUCGUGGUUCUUCCAUGGAGAUGGGUGCUGCAAUCACCAUCCUCAUUUUCUCUCAAUAUAAGCUCCCAGUCUCGACUUCCAUGUGUAUCACCGGUGCCACCGUCGGCGUUGGUCUUUGCAAUGGUACCUAUAAGGCCGUCAACUGGCAGCGAGUUGGUCUCUUGUUCUUCUCUUGGAUCAUGACCAUUCCCAUUGCCGGUCUCAUUGGUGGUAUCACCAUGGGCCUCUUCCUCAACGCUCCUCAUUUUUAA